GUAUCUCGGAAUGUCUUGAUGCCAAUCAGUUUCAUAUCAUUUUGACAACGAAAUAAAAGCAUUGGUACACCUGUCUGUUAAUGAGAGUUUGUUAUUGUUUCAGACUUCAAAGUGACAUUUUGCAUUCAUGUUUUUAUUGUUCAAGUGAAAUUAUUUAGAAUUCUUUUUUAGCAUUCAUUGUGAAAUUCAGAAUCAGUUUCAAUUGUUUCUUUGGCGUUUAACAUUCACUAAUUCUGUUGCAACUAUGUGCUGUGGUUUCAUUUGAGUGAUUCUGUAAUAGGUUAUAGUGGUCUGCUUUUGUAUCACAUUCAGAUUGAGUUAGAGCAACUGUAACGCCUAUUACGGUUAUAUCUAUUAAUCAAUCUAGGAAGCCUAGAGGAAUCUGAGUCCCUUGGAGGGAGAGGGAAUAUUAAGAUUUCCAACAUUGUCAUGAGAAUUUGAGCUGGAAGAACUGGUGUAAGUGCAUUUGAAGACAUAAUGGGAUUUGUAUCGAGAACAUUUGGUAUACUGCUGAAACUCACUGUCAUUUUUCUGAUCAUCACAUUUGUCCCAGGCAUACCUCCUGAUAUGGAAUUUGAAGCAUACACCUUAACACCAUCCCGGCCAUUGGAAGGAGCUCUGGCUGUUAACAAUAAAUUGAACAAUGCAGAACGACUGUUUGAAGAUGAAAUUAGAGGACCAGAGCAUUUAGAAGUUCAUAAUGGUGUUUUAUACACAACACUUGAUGGAGGUUAUGUGGCGAAAAUUGUCGCAGACAAGAUUGUACCAGUUGUAAAAUUUGGGAAAAAGUGUGAAGGAUUAUAUGAGCCUGAAGUAUGUGGUCGUCCUCUUGGCUUAGCAUUUGACAGGAAGGGAUUCAUGUAUGCAGUUGAUGCGUAUUACGGCGUUUUCAAAGUUAAUACUUCUACUGGUGAAUAUGAGCAACUAGUCUCAAUGGACACAGAGAUAGAGAAGAAAGUGCCCAAGCUGCCCAACUCUGUGACCGUUGCCAAGGAUGGUACCAUCUACUGGACUGAUUCAACUACAUCCCACUACUUACACGAUGGGUUCUACACCAUGUUAGGAAAUGGCAAUGGAAGGCUUAUAAAAUAUGACCCGAAGACAAAAAUCAACACUGUUCUAAUAGACAAGCUGCAUUUUGCAAAUGGAGUUGCUCUUUCUCGUGACGAAUCAUUUGUACUGGUCUCUGACUUGUUAAGGAGUAGAGUCAUGAAGUACAAUUUGAAAGGACCAAAUACAGGAAAAUCUGAAGUUUUUCUUGAUGGUCUACCUGGGUUUCCAGAUAAUCUACAUUCCACUGAAAAAGGAGAAUUCCACAUCUCUUUAGCUCUGGAUAUUGACAAAGGAAACCCUAGUUUAACUGCACUGCUUGGUCCUUAUCCUCUUGUACGCAAGUUGCUCGCUCGGCUAACGUACCUGUUGGAAUUGCCUGCAUUACAGUUGAACAUGUAUUAUCCGAAUUUCAAUUCAAAGGUCUACUCUUAUUGGAUUGGGAGUUUUUCCAUGGUGCCUCAAUUCAUGUUGUCACAACGUUCUAGUGUCAUAUUUUUCAAUGAAGAUGGUAAAAUUACUAGGAGCCUAUAUGCUACAGAUAAAAAAAUCUGCUGUAUUUCAGAUUUUGUUGAAUUUAACAAUUUCUACUAUCUGGGUUCAUUCUCUAAUCCAUACCUGGCCAGAGUGAAGGCUAGUUAGGAAUAGGUGAACUGUGUUUCGAUUAUGUGAGUUUCACCUCAGAGAUGUUGCUACAACUAAGGCUGCAUAAAUGUUAGAACCUGAAUGAAUGGAUUUUACUUAGAGCGAUACAGUACGAUGCUAACAAGAUUCUUUCUUAGUUAUACUUUAUUUAUUAUCAGUAUCAUAUUUUUAUAUUAAACAGGGUGGCCACUCAAAACCUCUUUCCAGUCCAUUUUCAAAAUAAUAACAACUGUAAUACUGUAUUUAACCCUUACGUUGAGGGGUUCCUAUAUGCUGUAUGGGAAAUGUCACAAAGCUGUAGUGAGUUAGCAAAUUUCGUCGCUAGCGAUAUGCGAGAAACUCUGUAAUAGUUCAUCACCAACACCUAUUUAUAGCACCUUAGUUUUUAGCUCUAUGUCUUUUAAUGUGUCGACAUAACAGCGUGUAUCUAAUAAUUUUCCUUUCUGUGAUAUAUGGAAAAUAUAUGUAUCCUAUUCAAAAAAAUAAAGAGAACAAAGAAUUACCAACACAGCGCUACCGUGAGGCAGGCUGCAGUCUACCAUUGUGGGUCAGAUGUCUGCAGUGUACGAACUUUUGGUACAAGACCACGAUUUUACUAGUACACAAGGUUGUUUUGGUACAAGCAACAAAUAAACCAAAUACUCUCACCUGAACUCUACUUUUAACAUUGUUUGAUCUUUUGGGAAAAAAACAUGCCUAAGAGUACCUUACUACUUUAAAAGGAGUCUGCAGAGAUUCAGUGUGUAAUGAAUAUAUUUUUAAAACAAAAGUCAUCUACUCUACCUUCCAUUUUUAAAUUAUAGAAAUGGCAGCUUAUAAAAUUAGCUUCCAGAAUACAUUCUCUUUACGUAAUGUAUGGAUGUAUAUUUAUAGUGAAUCUAUUUAUGUACAACUACACAAAUUAUAGCCUAUAUAUUAAAUAAAAAUUAGUGAUCGUAUGUCUACUGCCGAGCAGCUAACACACUCUCGUUGACAAAUGUAGACAUACAAAAUAUGAACUUCAGUUAAAAUAUUAUUUAUAUAUCACGUUAUUUUGAUACUGUGUGUUUCUAAAUAUUUUUUAUACACAAAGAACAAUAAAAACACGUUAUAGCAAUCGGUAAUUUGUGUAAGUUACUGCCGAUCAAUUGUUCAUGAAUAGAUGCAGCAGAAUCCCAACGAUGCGCCAAAAAAAGUAUAGAAAAUACAAAUACAAAAAUAUCCGUCAAAUAUUGGAUGCCGUCAAAUAUCAUAAAUUAAACUCCAGUAAUAUGUUAGUUAGUGAUCAGUAAUCGUCCGCAAAUAGACUUAUCUAGAUUCAAGAGUCAGCUUCCAUGCACCACUAGUUGUAGUAUUGUGAAAUCGUGAAUAUCCAAGAGUAUUUUAACACUCCAGUUAGUAUCGGAAUAAAGUGAAAAGAGUUGCGGUAACAAGUAUUGGAGCCAAUCCGUCCAUAGUAAAAAUUCCAGGGACAUCAUAAAAGUUCAUGCAUAAUAGAUGCUUUUC